AUGCGGAUCGCAGUGGGUGCACUAUUACUGGUGACCGUUGGUUUGCUGGCCGCGGUCAGUGGCAAAUCGUCGGUGAUCUCUGGCAAACAGCACGGUGCCGAGAUGGAUUGGUGGGAAUCGGGCGUGUUUUACCAAAUAUACCCACGAUCAUUCAAAGACAACGAUGGUGAUGGAGUAGGUGAUCUGGCCGGUAUAACGGAAAAGCUUGAACAUCUGGCCGAUCUAGGUGUGACCGGUGUGUGGCUCAGUCCUGUGUUCAAAUCGCCCAUGGCAGACUUUGGUUACGAUAUUGCCGACUUCCGUGAUGUCGAUCCAAUUUUCGGCAGUAUGGCUGAUCUGGACAGAAUGGUCCAGAAGGCAAAGCAGCUCGGCAUUAAGGUGAUUCUUGACUUUGUUCCAAACCAUACGAGUGACGAGCAUGAGUGGUUCGUUAAAUCGGUUAACAACGAAGGAGACUACCGGGAUUACUAUGUUUGGCGCAAUGCAGUGAACCAAGGCACUCCCAACAAUUGGCAAUCCGUCUUCCAUACGCCUGCCUGGACACUGCUGCCUGGCCAAACGCAAUAUUAUCUCCACCAGUUUGACAAGAAGCAACCGGAUCUGAACUACCGCAACCCGAAAGUAAAGCAGGAAAUGGCUGAUAUGGUGCGUUUUUGGUUGGACAAGGGCAUUGAUGGGUUCCGCAUCGAUGCAAUCAACCACGCGUACGAGGAUCCGCAGUUCCGCGACGAAAGGCUGAUCGACCCGAAAGGAGAGUUGAUCUGGGAGAACCUGGAUCACGAGUACACGCAGAAUUUGCCAGAGUGUUACGAUCUCAUCUACGACUGGCGCGAUCUCUUCGACACGUAUAAGGCUGCCGACAAUGUGACGCGUCUCAUGAUGACGGAGGCGUAUGCCGACAUGGAACAGACCAUGCUGUGGUAUGGGAAUGGAAAUCGUAAGGGUUCCCAUAUUCCGUUUAACUUCGCCAUGAUUAACCGCUUGUCGUCAGACUCGCGAGCACGCGACUUUAAGGAGGUUAUCGAUGAGUGGCUUAAUGCUAUGCCGGCCGGCGCUCAAGCGAACUGGGUGCUGGGUAAUCAUGAUCGCCCUCGCAUUGCAUCGCGCUUUGGACGUGACCGUGCAUCUAGCUUGGCGGUGUUGGAAAUGACACUGCCCGGUAUUGCCGUCGUAUACUACGGCGAGGAGAUCGGUAUGGAGGACAACCGUGACAUUACGUUCGAGGAAACGCAAGAUCCGCAAGCCGCCAACACGAACCCGGAGGUGUACCAACAGUUCACACGCGAUCCUGUCCGCACACCGUUCCAGUGGGAUGCUACACCGUAUGCCGGAUUUACGGCCGCAACGACUCAAAAAACUUGGCUACCGGUGCAUCCAAAUUUUAGGGAAGUUAAUCUCGCGGCACAGAAGAUGGCCACCGAGAGUAUGUUUAAGCUGUACCAGAAAUUGAUCAAGCUGCGCAAGGAGCACGCGUUCAUGCACGGCAAGUUCGAGUCGAAGGUGCUGCUGAACAAUGUGUUUGGGUACACGCGCACGCUCGACGGCGAGCAAUCGUACGCCGUGGUGGUCAACUUAAAUGAUAACGAUGUGAACGUGAAUCUGCAGGAGUUGCACGAAGAUAUUGAUGCGGUCAAGGUGAAACUAACGUCGCUCGAUGCCCACAUGAAGGAGGGCGACGAGGUGACCGAGGUGUUCCACAUCAUUCUCGGCCGGUACGAUGCGGUUGUGUUCGAGAUUGCAUCGUCAGCCAGCACGAUCGGUCUGUCGAUGGUUAUGCUGCUGGUCGCAUCGAUCCUGCGAACACUCUUCUAA